GCCGUGUCAGAACCGAGCCGCCAAUCGCAGCGGCGCCUUCGCCUGGCCCGGGAUUCGGGAGGUAACUUGCUCUGGGGAAGCAGCACCAUGGCGUCGGGCUGCAAGAUUGGGCCGUCCAUCCUCAACAGCGACCUGGCCAACUUGGGCGCCGAGUGCCUGCGCAUGCUGGACUCCGGCGCCGACUACCUGCACCUGGAUGUAAUGGACGGGCAUUUUGUUCCCAACAUCACCUUUGGUCACCCCGUGGUAGAAAGCCUCCGAAAGCAGCUAGGCCAGGACCCUUUCUUUGACAUGCACAUGAUGGUGUCGAGGCCCGAACAGUGGGUAAAGCCAAUGGCAGUAGCAGGAGCUAAUCAGUAUACCUUUCAUCUCGAGGCUACUGAGAACCCAGGGGCUUUGAUUAAAGACAUUCGGGAGAAUGGGAUGAAGGUUGGUCUUGCCAUCAAACCAGGAACUACAGUUGAGUAUUUGGCACCGUGGGCUAAUCAAAUAGAUAUGGCCUUGGUUAUGACAGUGGAACCUGGGUUUGGAGGGCAGAAAUUCAUGGAAGAUAUGAUGCCAAAGGUUCACUGGUUGCGGACCCAGUUCCCAUCUUUGGACAUAGAGGUCGAUGGUGGAGUAGGUCCUGACACUAUCCAUAAAUGUGCAGAGGCAGGAGCUAACAUGAUUGUGUCUGGCAGUGCCAUUAUGAGGAGUGAAGACCCCAGAUCUGUGAUCAACCUGUUAAGAAAUGUUUGCUCAGAAGCUGCUCAGAAACGUUCUCUUGACCGAUGAAAGCACACGGAGUCCAGUGUCCCUGCUCAUGAAAUGCUUUUACUGGAGGACAAGGAUAUUGACGACCAACUCAUAUCACAACAGUGCUGCUUUUCUGAGCAAUUCAUUCCAGUGACUAACAUCUGUUGUGCAGAAUGUCCCAAGAGGUUAGAAAUUUAGUGAAGGGAUUUAAAGAUUAGUGGGGUGAAAUGCCAUUUUUACUGGGAGACUUGAUUUUUAUAAAGAGUAAAAAUACGGUUGUAUUAAGGUUAUAAGUAGAAAUGUGUCUUAAUGCCUAAGGAAGGCACAUUAGCUAUUAUGAAAAAUGUUUUUCUUCACUUCUAAAAAGUUCUAUUGUUUCUUGGCUGUUUUCAAAAAGCAAAGUAAGUUCUUAUGUCUUUCCUGCUCCUUGUCAUUUUUGGUUUAUCUCUAUGCGUUAUGAGAAUAGAAGUUGGGGAAAAUCUAUGGCUGGGAUAGCAUACUGUAUUCUUCUUGCUUCUAAAGCAUCUAUUUUUUCACUUUGCACCUUAUAUUUGAUAUAAGAAAACCAUGUCUGAAGCCCAGGAGUUUUGGGUCUGUUGUAAAAUACAUAGAUUUUAUCAGGUGUUCUGUUAGCUUUGCUGCAAGGGCAGAUGAUUCAUUGAUUUCCCCACCAUCUCCCCUUAAUCACACCGAUGUGAGGUAAUGUGCUAGUUCUGAGCAGAGAGG